UAUCCGGUGUCUACUGUUUACCUACUGUAUUAGCCGAUGCGGAUUUUCGCUCCUCGUCUCCUCGAAGCUGUUCCCUUUCCACGGAAUAUUUAACACUGACAUUAAAAAUAGAUAAACGAGCCAGUUUAUACUAUCAUUUCCUCUCUCAUUUAAUUAAAUAGAUUAUGUAUUAAAUUGUCUACGACGUUGUUAAAGCCGCUUUGACGAGACGAGGCUGAGCGCUUUGUCCUUAGGAUGUGUGCGUCAGGGAAAUACAGCUCUCGCGGUCCGGCUCUCAUCCCACGCAUGAAGACCAAACACCGUAUCUACUACAUCACGCUGUUCUCUGUGGUCCUGCUGGGAUUAAUCGCCACAGGAAUGUUCCAGUUCUGGCCUCAUUCUAUCGAGUCUUCCCCUGAGUGGACUCUGGACCGCCGCAGCGUUCACGAUGCUCCGCUUGUCAAACUACCUGCAUCCAGUCCCAUUCCUGAGAGAGGAGACCUGAGCUGCCGCAUGCACACCUGCUUCGACGUCUACCGCUGUGGUUACAAUCCCAAAAACCGCAUCAAGGUCUACAUCUACCCCCUGCAGAGGUUUGUAGACGAAGUGGGCGUCCCCAUCAGCAGCAGCGGCCUGUCUCGUGAGUAUAACGAGCUGCUAAGCGCCAUCUCUGAUAGUGAUUUCUACACCGAUGAUGUCACUCGCGCAUGUCUUUUCAUCCCAUCCGUCGACAUGCUGAACCAGAACUCGCUGCGCAUUCGGGAAACCGCUCAGGCUCUCGCAUUGUUGCCCAGAUGGGAUAAGGGGAUGAAUCACUUACUGUUCAACAUGUUACCAGGAGGACCUCCGGACUACAACACGGCACUCGACGUUCCCAGAGACAGAGCUUUGCUAGCUGGAGGCGGGUUCUCGACGUGGACCUACAGACAAGGCUACGACGUCAGCAUCCCCGUGUAUAGCCCCCUGUCGGCUGAAGUCGACCUUCCUGAGAGGCAGCCUGGCCCAAGGCGAUACUUCAUCCUGUCGUCUCAGACAGCCAUCCACCGGGAAUACCGGACAGAACUGGAGAGGCUGAAGGAGGAGAACGGAGAGUCCAUCCUCCUGCUGGACAAAUGCUCUAACCUCUCCCAGGGCGUGGCCUCGACCCGGAAACGCUGCUCCAAGGGCCAGACGUACGAGUACCCGCAGAUCCUCCAGGAGUCGUCGUUCUGCGUGGUGCUACGCGGCGCGCGUCUCGGCCAGGCCGCUCUCAGCGACGUGCUGCAGGCGGGAUGCGUUCCCGUCAUCAUGGCCGACUCGUACAUCUUGCCCUUCUCUGAGGUGCUGGACUGGAAGAGAGCGUCGGUCGUCAUCCCGGAGGAGAAGCUUCCUGAGAUGUAUCUGAUUUUAAAAAGUAUUCCACACAGACAGGUGGAGGAGAUGCAAAGACAGGCUCGCUGGUUCUGGGAUGCAUAUUUCAGCUCCAUGAAGGCCAUCGGACUGACCACGCUGCAGAUCAUCAAUGACCGCAUUUACCCGUACGCAGCACGCACAUACGAGCAGUGGAACAACCCUCCGGUCGUGAAGUGGUCCAGCGUGAACAGUCCUCUGUUCCUCCCGCUGAUUCCUCCUCGGUCCCCAGGAUUCACCGCCGUGGUUCUGACCUACGACCGGGUCGAGAGUCUUUUUAGGGUCAUCACUGAGAUCUCCAAAGUUCCGAGUCUGGCCAAGCUGCUGGUGGUCUGGAACAACCAGAACAAGAGUCCACCUGAAGAAUCCCUCUGGCCCAAAAUCGCUGCUCCUCUCAAAGUGGUGCGCACCAAAGAAAACAUACUCAGCAAUCGCUUCUUUCCCUUCGAUGAGAUUGAGACGGAGGCGGUGCUGGCCAUCGAUGAUGACAUCAUCAUGCUGACCUCCGACGAGCUGCAGUUCGGAUACGAGGUGUGGCGGGAAUUCCCGGACAGGCUGGUGGGAUAUCCUGGUCGACUCCAUCUAUGGGAUCACGAGAUGGGGAAGUGGAAGUACGAGUCAGAGUGGACCAACGAGGUGUCCAUGGUGCUGACUGGAGCUGCGUUUUAUCAUAAGUAUUUCAAUUAUCUGUAUACGUACAAGAUGCCGGGAGACAUCAAGAACUGGGUAGAUGCUCAUAUGAACUGCGAGGACAUCGCCAUGAACUUCCUGGUGGCCAACAUCACAGGGAAAGCUCCUAUAAAGGUGACACCGCGUAAGAAGUUCAAGUGCCCCGAGUGCACGGCGAUCGACGGCCUGUCGUUGGACCAGACGCACAUGGUGGAGAGGUCCGAGUGCAUAAACAAAUUCGCGUCCGUAUUCGGCACCAUGCCUCUGAAGGUCGUGGAACAUCGCGCCGAUCCCGUGUUAUACAAGGACGACUUCCCGGAAAAGCUCAAGAGUUUUCCCAACAUCGGGAGUUUAUGACAGAGCACCGCUCCUGACCGUUACUCCUCCGUCUGGUAACAACCAACGUCACAGAUGCUCACGGAUGUUGUUGAACUUUUUACGAUUACGAGAGCGGUUAAAAGACGUUACGUUACGUCACCUGACGGAGGGAAACAUUCUGUUGCUGUUCGUACAUGUCUUCAUUUAUCGAGACGGACCUCCGGGAACAUCACGGACCAGACGGUGUCUGUCAAUAACUAGGGUCCACUGCAAUGACUCCGAGAAGCCGGAAUCGUGGUUUUUAACGGUUUUAAUGGAAAACCAGGACUGGAUCAGAGAGUCUCAGAGCAGUAUGAAGAGAUUAAAGCUCUCAACAGUCUAAAUUUACAUUUCUCACUCGGAAUUUUUCCCAUUUUACACACUGUAUUUACUGUCAAAUACUUACUGCAAUCCAAAGCACAGUGACAAAAGGUUUUAAGGGUCAAAGAUUUCAAAAGGAAUUAAAAAAAUGUCCUUUAUUUUAGUAAAGGUUUAAAAUGACAUACCAGAGCUGCUACGUUAGUAACCGGAAAAAAACGGCUUUCGGUUCCUACACUCUUAGAAACGAUCGUUUUAGAAACAACCGAGGGUUCUUCCAAAGUUUCUUCAGUUACGUUCACAUAAGGGAUCUUGGCUUCUUCAUAUAGAACAUCUGAAAGUUCUGUGGAAACCCAUAAAGUUUCUGCAUAGAGCCAAACAAUAACAAGAUUCCUAUCAGAAAGGUUUUCAGAAACUAGGAACCCUUUACAUUAUCCAGCGAACCCUUAAAGAUCCCUCGUAGAACUCCGUAUGUGCCAACAAAAGCUAAACGCUAAACUCCUGACAGGUUCUGGGUACUCAGAAGCAAAUACACUCACUGAGAUAAUACACGCACUCUUAGCAAAUAGGUUCUUCAGGGGUUCUUCAGAUUUUAAAGCUAAAUUAAAAAGCAUUAAUGGUUCUCUGGGACUUGUUAAAUAUGAUGGAACUCUAGGGAGAAAUGUUUAAGAUGGGAAGAAACAUUCGUUUUCCCACAAACCCUUAAAGAACAUUUUGUUCUAAUAGUGUUGUGUGUGUGUGUGUGUGUGUGUGUAUUAACUGGGUCAGUGUAGGGUUCAAAUUAUUGCUCAUUAUUUUCUUCUUAAUAGAAGAUGGAGUAGAAAACGUUAGGAGGUUCAGAUCUUGCUGGUUCAUGGUUCUUCGUGCACUCGUAGAAAUGGACGGGAAAUGUUCAAAUGGUUUUUAAUGGAAUUUCGAAUAAAUAAGGCUUUCAGGUUCUUUAAACAAUAUUUAAAUUGAACCAAAGAUCUUUUGAAAGCUAAGGACCCAGAAAUGAGCCAUUAAAAAAGUUCUCGAGGAACCCUCGAGAACGUGGCCAAGUGUGCGUGGUCCAAACUCCAACCUUGUCGUACCAUGUAGUAAAAAAAAUAGGUUUUCUAAGAGUUCUUAAAGUGUUAAUCACUUUAAUAGUAAUAAUGGUUUUAUAAAAGGGUUCCUGUGCAGCCGGAGCUUUAAACCUCCAGAGAAUCUCCUGAAACGGUUGCUCGUUAUUUUUCUUCUUAAUCUCUAGAACCUGUCAGGGGUUUAACGUCUAAAGAAGUCAAACCCUUAAGAACUCGAACUUUUCUGAGGGGAAAAAAAAUCCAUGUCAAGGUCUGACACUUUUGUUUUCUUCAAAAAAAAUUAUUUUUUUUUCCUGCUGCAGAAAUUUUUAGCACUUUCCGGUUUAGAAAUUGCUCAGAAUCGAGCGAACACUAAAGAAACAGAUGGAUGGAGCGUUGUGAUGGAGAGUUGUUUUUAAGUUUAAGAGGCGGUCUGGAUUUUAGGUACGAGCUUCACAGCAGAGGAACUGAACCGUACAGUAAACACGUGCCGCUUUACGUACGACCUGUUACGACUAAAACAGAAGCCGAAUAAAAUUUCCACGGCGAAAAGACCAACUCACAGGAGCGGAAAAUACACCGUUUUGUUUUUUUUUCCUCUUCUUGUUGUUGUUGACUUUUUGUGCUACGUCCAGACUUCAUCUUGUUUUAUCCUCCGUCCUGGAAGCCGAUAGGAAACGAGUAGGCGUGGCCGUCAGCUCUUCGAACCCUCUUCGAUAUUAUAUACACUGAACAUUUUUCCCACCUGCUUGACAUUUUCACAUUAGCCGGCUGUCUCGUUUCACGUCCAUGCUUGUAAUAUAUCAGUCUGUGUGAAGUUUCUUUUAAUUCUUCUUAGUAUUUUUAUUAAAAAGUAAUGAAUAAAUAUUCACACGUCUUGUGUC